UGUCUCCCAGAGCUCUCCUCACCUUUACUCAGUAAACGGCAUCUCAUUGAGCAAACUAGGAUCAUCAUGGCGACAUCGUACAAUGUUCCCCAGCACUCCGAACAACUAAAGAUCUCCUUCCCAGCGGAGCACGUCAUGCUCCUGACCCUCAACCGGCCCAAGCGCCUCAAUGCCGUCGGACCGCAGCUCAACUCGGAUAUCGGUGCUGUGCUCAACUGGUUUGAAGACCAGCCUAGCUUGUGGGUCGUAAUUGUGACGGGCGAGGGAAGGGCGUUCUGUGCGGGUGCGGACUUGAUGGCCUGGAACGAAGCUCAGCAGAGCGGCGACUCAAACGAGUCCCAGAUGCUUGCCUCGUCCUUGCAUGGUUUUGGUCAAAUCUCGCGGCGUCAGACAUCUAACAAACCCAUCAUCGCUGCCGUUAAUGGUUCCGCGUAUGGAGGCGGCGUCGAGAUGAUCCUCAACUGUGACCUUGUCGUCGCCAGUGAUAAGGCGACCUUUGCGCUCCCAGAGGUCAAGCGCGGUGUUGUCGCGGCCCAGGGAGUCAUCCCUCGUUUAGCUAGAGUUUCCGGGCAUCAGCUUGCCUCGGAGAUGCUGCUUCUCGGCAACAAUGUCAGCGCUGCUGAAGCGCGCGACCGAUUCGGCUUUGUGAAUCGCGUUGUCCCCGCUGACACCGUGCUCUCGACUGCCCUCGACCUCGCGAAGGACAUCAUAUCCAAUUCGCCCGACUCGGUGCAAAGUUCCAAGCGCGGCUUGAUCCUUUCCCAGCAGCUCCCUGUCGAGGAAGCUGUUCGCGCCCAUGCUCUAGGGGAUGCUGGACGGAGGGUGUACAAGAGCGAGAAUAUCCGAGAGGGGUUGAUGGCAUUUGCAGAGAAACGCAAGCCAAAGUGGAAGAGCCCCGCUAAGCUUUAAUACCAUCAUAUGUCGCACCAGUUAGCUGCGCUUUAAUAUAUUUCGC